UCAUCCUCAACAAAAAAGAGACACUUAUUGAGAGCAGUCCAGCGAGUCCAUGUUUCGUCAUCACGCCGCGACAAACAACGAGCUUGCCAGCCAAUCACCCCCUCCCGCCAACUCGGCCCCAUCCGACCCAGAUAUUUUGACGACGCUCGCACAGUUUGACAACCAACAGCGUACCCAGCUCGAGCAAUUCAAGCGUCAACAGGCCGCCGAGCGCCAGCGGGAAAUCUACCGUCAGAACCAGAUGUCUACCACACUGGCCGAGGAUACUCCUACUCCACCAAGGCAGAGCCCGCCUGGGUCUAUACAAGAGAGCCCCACUCACAUCAUCGCACAACCAAAACCUACCGUUCCUUUACCUCAGAAAAAUCACACUAGUUCACCACCAACCCCUCCUCCGGCUUCCGCAGUUAUUGCUCCGGAGUCUCACAGUAAGAAUGCUACUGUGGCAGCCUCUCCGCAAGCUGCACCUCAAAGAAGUGUUGGCAACUCCACCAGUCAAGGAGGAAACCUCGCACCCUCACCAGCAGCAUCGCGUCUACCGACACCUCCACCAAGUGCACCCCAACAUACCCCAAACUCAAUCCCCACGGGUGGAUCACAGAAUUCAACAUUAUCAUCGUCUCUCGCGCAGCCAUCUGGCGUUGCAAGUGCACAGACAUAUGAGCGACACGGGAUGACGACUGGCCAGAAGGUGCUCCUGGCAGGAGGCCUUCUGAGCUCACUAUUCGUACUGGGAUAUUUUGUACGCUGGUGGCAGAAGCGACGCCGCAACCAGUUAAACGGCCCGCGCAAGGUCGACAAGCUCAACAUCAAGGGCCCUUUCCAAAAGUCCGAAGAGAACCUAGCGGAUGCUGACAGCGAGCCGAUCUUUGGCGGGCCCGGCCACGCCAGCAUCUCCUUCGACCGUCUCCAGGUGCUCAGCGAGAAGCCAAUCCCCUUUCCCAGAUCCGACAUCUACAACCAGCACAGCCUCCCAUCGCCACCACCCAAGUCCCCCUCCGCUGCUAGAUCUUCUCUCACUCUCGAGCCCCCUCCGCCCCAGCCUAAUAUUCUCCCCAACUUGAAGUUGAUCUCACCUCUUUCCCAGUUUAAUGAUCAAACUCCAAUGGAUUACCGCUGUAAGGGUCCGCAGAUGAAAGGCAAAAUAUUUACUGUUGAAAGGACUUACCAGGCUGCACUAGCCGAUGAGCUAGUCCUCCACGUUGGAGACAGAAUCGAAGUUGCAUUUUACUACGACGACGGCUGGUGUCUAGGUCAAAACCUGGACAUUGGCCGGUACGACCCGGGGCAACUAUCCAAAGGAGUAUUUCCCCGAGACUGUGUUGGAUCGCAUCCGAUUGAACUGAAGAAUGAAUCUGAAGGGAGCUCGAAUGCGGCCGAGCGGGGUCUCGCAAGUGAUCGGACAACGUACGACGAUGCCGAGGAGCAGAGUCGUAAGGCCUUCCGGGCAAUCAGUUCCAACCCUUCUCUGAGUCCACUCAGCUCCAGCAUCUUCGAAAAGUUCCCCCUCCCACCACGCUCUCAAGACAGGCUCGAGGCCCAGCAUCAUGACAGGCUCGAGACUCAGCAGCGCGUUAGCAGCCUGUUCAUCGGCCGCAAUGCCCAGCUCUUCCUCGAGCUCGACGAUGCCUUAGGCGAACCCGAGUCUCCUCUACACGUCCACUUCGCAAACCCUCACAACUACCCCAAAUGAAUCCCCUUCCCCGCGCCGUGUGAUCAUUACCGGGCAGCUCAUUCAUCACUUGCCUCAUAAUCAAUCUUAUCGUUAUUUCAUCAUCCAACAAUCAUCCCCUUCCGGCUCGUUGUUUCGUUUAUUCUCUUCGUUCAUUCCCUUCAUAUAAAUAUCCUCUUUCCAUAGCAGUCGUCUCCGCUCAACAAUUUUUUUUUUCUUUUUCAAAUCCAUCAUCACCAGCAAGUCAUCCCACCCACGCACGCACGCAUCCAGCAAGUUUUUAAAAAAGAAAACUCCCCCCCAAAAAAAAGUUGUAAUUGUGUA